AUGUGGCCAAGGUCGCACCAACCAACUGGGAUUUAUGCAGUAAAAAUCCUCGAAAACGUGCAGAAGGGUCGCGAAGUGAACGUGACCGUAAUUCACGUGCCCGAUACUCCAACUCGAAUUCUACCAAGUACGUCGAAUUCGGGAACAAGCGAUCAUACAGAAAGAAGUAGCACCUCAAGGACUCAUAGGGAAAGAUGCGGUGAUUGCAAGCGCAAACUUCCAUCCAAAGUGCUGACUAAGGCUGCCAGAUUCUGCCAAAAUUGCAAUAGCAAAGGAACUAUGGUAGUAAUUUUAUGCGGUUUCAAUAAGAAGGAGAACGGAUGUGUGAAUAAGGGUCGCGAAGUGAACGUGACCGUAAUUCACGUACCCGAUACUCCAACUCGAAUUCUACCAAGUACGUCGAAUUCGGGAACAAGUGAUCAUACAGAAAGAAAUAGCACCUCAAGGACUCAUAGGGAAAGAUGCGGUGAUUGCAAACGCAAACUUCCAUCUAAAGUGCUGACGAAAGCCGCCAGAUUCUGCCAAAACUGCAAUAGCAAGGGAACUAUGACAUUCUUUUGUCUCGAAUGUUGUGUAAACAAACACAACGGCCACGUGUUAUCAUCGGUGUCACAACUUCAAACCGAGCAAUUCAAGGUACUAAAUGAGCUUCGCAAUUUUCAAAAGAGUUUGAGAGAAAGUCUACAAAACUCCACAUUUGCUCACGGUCGCUCCGAUCUCUCAAUUUCCAACAUCGCUGAGAAUCCGAUGAGUGAUGGUUUAGCCGCAUUAAACGACGCAAUUCGAUUAGUGGAAUCAACAUCUAUUCUUCAUCCAAAUAAGUUGAGCGAAAUUCGAGCGGAACAAGGGAGAAAAUGUUCAAAACUACUCAGCUUCUCUCAUGAGGCUAAAGAAGAACUAGCGAAUGUUUCCACUGCGACUUUCUAUCAGCGUAUCUCCACUCCAAGGUCCAAGGAUACAUUGGAUGUUGGUUUACUGGAUUUCCUCCUCACCACUAUUCCUCAAAUACAUCCCGAUAGUGACCUAUUGCGAUUAAUCGAAAAAAUGUCGCCAAUGGACUCAGCAGAGCAGCGAUUAGAUUCCUUCUUGAAGGCAGCCGCUAUAAUUACAACAAUUCUAUACGAGUAG